GACGUGACCACGGCGCCGCUGUCCCUCGCUACAUGACCACCACGCCGUUCUCUUUGACUGCAUGACCACCACGCCGCUCUCUCCCGCCGAGACGUACAUUCCAUUAUCCAUGCGACCUUGCCCACUCACUCCUACCAACUGAAUGUCCGCUGCCGGACGACCGCUGCUCGCGGCACGUCUCUCCGACGAGGCCUCGACUAAUGGCGCCUCCCCACCACCGACCAGACAGGCCGGCAGUCGCGCCAAGCGCACACUGAUUGAGAGCGCGUGUUCCGCAUGUCGACGAAGGAAGUCCAGGUGCGAUGGCGUUAGACCAGCAUGCUCGCGCUGCCAGAACCUCCGGACGGAAUGCCAAUAUGAAGCCGAAGAAGGUGAAAGUCGAUGGUCUGCGCUUCGGCGCCGAAACCAAGUCCUGGAAGCCGAGCGAGACCAGGUCCGCGAACUUUUAUCCUACGUGCAGACUCGGCCCGAGCAAGAAGCGAUGGAGAUUUUCCAGCGCAUGCGCCAAAGCAAUUACGAUGAUAUUUUCAUUCUCCUCCGCCACCUCAAGGACUCUGCCAUGGGCAUGGCGCCUGGCGGUAUGGGACAGAUACUUCCACCGGGGAGCUCCGCCGGCGUUGAGCGUCUCCCUCCAAUUCAGGCCAUCCUCGACGUUCCCGGCCGGAAUAUGACCCCCACCCACCUAACGCAAAGCCACUCUAUGAGCUCCGAGGAUAGCCGCAGCUCUUCUGUGCCCGAGCUCACAGGCGGCAUGCCAUCGCAACGCUCGCACCACUACGACACUCUCGAGCCCACUCUCUAUCCCAACCACCCUUCUCAGCAACAACACCACCCACAGAUCCUCCAGCAGCACCAACAACAGCACCACAACGGGAUGCCACCACCAAUCUCGUACAGUUCGGAGGAGAGUUCGGCAUCGCUCAAUUCCACGUCGAUGGACAUGGCGCAACAGAAGCCGUACCACACGCCUUGAGUUGCAAUUUGCGCGAACAGGGCUAAUCGCAACCUCAGUUACUACCAUCACGCCGGUAGCCUCCUUCCUCGGCGAAUUGAAAUGUGAAGUGCGGAAAACCCGCAAAAAGACAGAAAGAUUCUUAAAUUACCUUUGCGCGCUCAAACCACCAUGAAAGCGGACGGCACCGCGUUCCCUCGACCACACGGACGGAAAGUUCGAUACAGGUCAUCCAUUUGCGCGCGCGACGAGGUAACACGAAGCUGACCACGAGCUGCUCCAAAGGCAGCCGAGAUGGGAGGAGAGUGGCAAGAAGGGCAUGAACAUCGGGCCAAUGCAUGGCCAUGAAGUUGCUGGCGAUAGCCAGUAAGUGUAGCGUUUCACAGAGCGUUCGAAGCUGCGGAUGUGUCAUUUGUUCGGGUACGCUUUUUGCAUGCGUGCAUCGCAUUUUGUUUCUUUCAAGGAAUCACACAGCGGGCGCAUUGGGACCAUCUUAUGAGACGACAGCAGUUCUAU